AUGGCCGAGACCACAGAAAUCAACGUCGACCUUGACGUCCAGGAAAUCCUCCUGGCCGCUUCCCAGCACGACAUCCCCAAACUGCGCCGUCUGGUCCGCUCAAAAGAAAGCAUUGGCAACCCUGUUAACGUGAAGGACCCGGAAACUGGGUUUUCGCCCCUCCAUGCCGCAAUCGCGGCAUGCGAACCCGAUGAAGACGAUGAUAACAACAACGAGACCGUUAAUGGCGACGGCGUGCAGAUCAAUGGAACCACGAAUGAUGAACAAAAUAAGGAUGUUGUGCAAUCGGGCGUCGACACGGUCAAGUUCCUCUUGCAGGAGGGUGCGAUCUGGAACGACCUGGAUCUGAAUGAUGAGACGCCGGGGUGUGUGGCUCGGCGAUUGGGACUCAAUGAGCUGUACGAGAUGAUGGUGGAUGCGGGCGUGCGGGCCGAGUUGCUCUUGAACCGGUUGGAGGGUUAUGAACAGCUUGAAGAAGACGAGGAUGAGGAUGAGGAAGGCGAGACAACAGCGGAACAGAACCCCGCCGGGGAGGACGAAGCUCCUCAGUUGGUGAACGCUGCUGAAACGACAGAAACGGCGCCCACGGAAGCGGCAGCCCAAGGAUCAGGCCCCGCUGUCACGAACCCGCGGUAUCUGGAUUCCAACCUGACCUUCCAGAACGACCGACUGCUGGACCAGGACCAGAACGGCGUGAUGAUGGCGUGGGAGUCGGACAUUAUGGCCAAGUCCGCAAAGAAACUGCUCCCCACGCCUGGGCUGCGCGUGCUCAACAUCGGCCACGGCAUGGGCAUUGUGGAUGGAUUCUUCCAGGAGCUGGCGCCUGCUGCGCAUCACAUUAUCGAAGCGCACCCCGAGGUCGUGGAGGAGAUGAAGCGCAAGGGCUGGCAUGAGAAGCCUGGUGUCAAGAUCCACGAGGGCAGAUGGCAGGAUAUCCUGCCAGCGCUCGUGGCCGAAGGUGAGACGUUCGAUGCGAUCUACUACGAUACGUUCGCGGAGUCGUACGCCGAUUUCCGCGAGUUCUUCACAGAGCAGGUCAUUGGUUUGCUGGAGCAAGAUGGCCGGUGGAGCUUCUUCAACGGCAUGGGUGCUGACCGGCAGAUCAGCUACGAUGUCUACCAGAAGGUCGUGGAGAUGGAUCUAUUCGAGGCUGGAUUCGAUGUCGAGUGGGAGGAGAUUCGGGUGCCCAAGCUCGAAGGCGAAUGGAGCGGCGUGCGUCGGCCAUACUGGAUGAUUGACAACUACCGACUGCCGUUGUGCAAGUACAUGGAUUGA